ACAGGUUUACUUAAACAGGGUCAUAGAAACCGCAGUAUAUGGAAAUUAUACGUGUUUUCGAAAGUUCUCUCACGCGCUGAUCGAUAUAAAUUGUCUUUUAAAAAAGAAGAUUUCAACGUCCAGCAUUUUUCGUCUUACUAACAGGUGCUCAGAAACAUUUAAGAAUUGCGUGAAUAGCCUAUUUCCUUCCGGUAAUAACAAUUUUGGAAGCCAACGUAUUCGUUGGAAAAAUGAACACUUGUGCCAAACUGCUCUCACAUUCGGCUGUUGAGCAGUACGGGGAACGUUGAAGUCUUGCGAUGCACCACGAGGUAAUUGAAACAGCGAAACUUUUAGAGAGUAAUGAAACUAAGCUGUAUGGAGUCAGAUGGUUGGUGGCAUGUUUACUAUUUUUGAGUGGAUUCUUGAUCAUGUUUGCAUGGCAUUUCUUCGGAGUUAUCAACGAAGCAUUGUCCCAACACUUCGAGGUGUCUCACCAAACCAUAGAUUGGCUAACCAUAUGUGCCGCACUUGGACAAUUCAUAGGGGGGCCAGUUAUUGGCUAUCUAUUCACUCAUAAGCCAACUGCCAUAAAAAUAUGGUAUAUUGUCACAAUUAGUCUUCAGGCAAUAGCCUUCACCAUUUUUGCUACGGUGAUAUAUGUCGGAAAGUAUCUUUUUAUUUGCAUGAUAGCAGAGGUUGCAGUUGGUUUUGCAUGCGUUGUGUACUUUGCCUUAAUCCCAGUGACUGCAACAGUUUGGUUUGGAGAAAGAGAGCAAGCAACCGUCUUGGGUAUCGGUUGGUUUGCCAUGAUGGCCGCAGUGGUCGCGGCUUCAAUAUUGCCAAGCAUACUAUUUGCUGGAAUUACUGACUUAUCAGUAAAAAUGCUUUAUGUGGCACUAUGCCUCUACGCCAUGUCCACACUAGCAAUAAUUACUUUAUUCAUUUUGUGCUUGUUUAUACCAAAUUCGCCAAAAGUUCCACCAUCGCAUGCUGAAAUACAAAGACUAACGACAGCAAGAGAAGCCGAGCAAAAAAGCUACAAAUCAACACUACUACGAUUUGCGAAGGAAUCAAAGUAUAUCGCGACGGAACGAACAAGUUUGACGCUCGUUCUGAUGUUUACCAUCAUCGAUACAGUUUUUGUUUGUGAAUAUAUGCUUGUACCAGCAAACGAAUCAGAGUUAGAAUUGAGUAACAGCACCCUGUUGUCUGACGACGCCGCCGCCGACAUAUCCGAGAUGUUGAAGCAACAUGUUUACCCCACGGUACAAGAAUCUACCCAGGGAAUUUUCAUUUCGUUGGUAGGAAGUGUUUUUUGUGUAUUGCUCCCUAUUGUCAUUCGUGCAGCAAUGACGAAUUUUGGAAAAGUUCAAUUCUACGUAAUUGUUCUGAUCCUUUUUGUCAUUGUACAAAUACUUACUCUCAGCAUCAAACCGGAGAUGAAAAGAUUUGAAUAUGAGAGCGAAGCCGUCAAUGACAAUGCACCUCUUAAAGAAGUGGGAAAAUGAUAAAAA